UCAUGAACGCCUCACUGCUCAUUUGCAUAGCACUCAUACGUCACUUGUCUGUUGGCGCGAAGUUGUUUUGGCGUGCAGGGGUCUGCUGUUACCUAAUUUUCACAUUGUUUACAGUGCUUUUUACAAGUGGACAUUUACCAUAGAAGACACAAAAUGAUCGGACAGAAAACAAUUAAUUCAUUCUUUUCACCGGUCUCCAAAAAGAGGGUUUCGGCUCACUUCUCACCUGCUCUGCGUUGUGCACAAUUGACUAAAAUCAUGCAGCGGAAGAGAAAGUCUUCGGAGGUCGAACAGGAGCCCAGCAGCCCGGCGUCGUCGCCGCUAUCUCAACAGCAGCUGGAUACCAUCGCCCGUAACAAGAAGGCAGCGCUGGAGAAACUCUCUUCCGGUCGCAUUCCCCCUGGGAUUGGAGAAAGCUGGAAAACUGCACUGGCUGCUGAGUUUGGAAAACCCUAUUUCAAGCAGUUGAUGCAGUUUGUUGAUGAAGAGAGGAAACAUCACACUGUUUACCCUCCUGCUGAGCAGGUUUUCACUUGGACACAGAUGUGUGACAUCCAUGAUGUUAAAGUGGUGAUCCUUGGUCAGGACCCAUAUCAUGGUCCAAACCAAGCCCAUGGGUUGUGUUUCAGUGUCAAAAGACCUGUGCCGCCCCCUCCCAGUUUGGAGAACAUGUACAAAGAGCUGGUGAGUGACAUAGAAGGCUUUCAGCACCCCAGGCAUGGAGAUCUGACUGGCUGGACCAAACAAGGCGUGUUAUUGCUCAACGCCGUGCUGACUGUACGAGCACACCAGGCCAACUCUCACAAGGACAGAGGCUGGGAGACGUUCACUGACGCGGUGGUACAGUGGCUCAGCAACAACCAGGAGGGCCUGGUCUUCAUGCUGUGGGGGGCCUACGCUCAGAAGAAGGGCGCCACCAUUAAUAGAAAACGUCACCACAUCCUGCAGGCCGUGCAUCCCUCUCCUCUGUCGGCCCAUCGAGGAUUCUUUGGCUGCAAACAUUUCUCAAAGGCCAAUGAUCUGCUGAAGAAAUCUGGAAAGUCACCUGUUGACUGGAAGGCACUCUAAAGAUAUGCCCGCUUGAUCUAGGAUCAUCUGUAUUAACUACACCCCAAAUUAUCCUCUAUAAGCUUUUUCAAAGUUAUCUUUACAAGUUACACUAUCUACAUACACCGUUAUGCUAUGUUGCAAAGUUACUUUAUAGCCUUUUGUCAUGGCUGCUGCAAUGCCCGUUUCUUUUAUUUCUUGUUUUUCUGUAGUUUGUGUUGUAAAUAUGUGCUAUGUUGCCUUUCUUAAACAUUAAACAUUUCACUGAUUUGUUUUCACUAUUACAUUUAAAUGGCCUCCAACUUUUAUGAUA